CAAGGAUGUUUCUGCUGUUGCUGCUGCUUGGCUAACACACGCAUAUGUCCUCCAAUCUGAGCUGCUUUGAGCCACACUGUUUCAUCUGGUGCUAUCAGGGCUGAUGAGAGCCACUCGUCUUUCUGGGUCUGCUGCAGCUGCUGUGUGAGCCACAGGCAAUUACCUAUUAGUAGUGUGCAGAAACCGUAAAAAGGAAAGCAGGGGAAAAUGGAGGCCUUUAUGCACACCGCUGAUAAGAAACAGGGAGAAAUUCCAUUUCCCUCACAUCGCUAAAUGCCAACUUCACCAAAUAGUUGGUUAUUGUGGACUGAGGGCAGUGAUCUGACUUACAGAGAGACACAGUUGAUCUGCGAAGGCAUGCCUGUGUCUUGUCUGUGGUGCUUUGUGAGCCGGCGACCAGAGUUCAGUGAAUUUUAAACUUUCCUGCUUGUGUAAUGGUCUUAUCAUCAUGAUAUCCACAUGGGUGUCAGUGAUUGUCAUGCUGGUGGCAUCUGUGAAUGGAGCGAGGAAUGAGGAUGUCAUACAACCAUGUGUGACCAUCCAGACGUCCGGCUCAGUGGUGCCUUUGGGGUCACGUGUCACGGCCACCUGUGUCAUCAGAGAUGACUGCCUUCUGGGCACUGGACAUAUAGAGUGGCGCCUCGGUGAUCGCUUUAUUCCCAGCAGCCCCGUGUCCAGCGAGAGUGGCAGGGUUUCUGAGGUUGUUAUACCAAGCUUCAAUCACACCAGGGAGUUCCUCACCUGCUGUCUCCAGGCCUCUCCCAUUCAAGUAGUAGGAGGAGUGGAGAUCAGAGCUGGAUAUCCACCGGAACCACCACAAAACCUGAGCUGUCAGACAAACCUUACCACCCCUAACACUCUGACCUGUUGCUGGGACCCUGGGCAGCAGGAGACCCACCUCCUCACACAGUACACCCUCCACACCGAGAUAUGGGAUAUGAACAAGAACUACACUUACAAGCUACAGACAGGAGUUCCCCACUAUACGGUUCCUCGUUCUGACUUUGUCCUGUUCUCUGAAAUGAAAAUAUAUGUGAAGGCAGUGAAUGAACUUGGAGAGGCAUCUUCAGUACCUAUCGUUCUGGAACCUGUCAGUGCAGCUAAGUUUGACCCACCAAAGAUUCUGGAAGUUGAAGCAGUGCCUAAAAAGUAUGGCUGCCUAAAGCUGAGGUGGAGCUUAUCACAGCACCAGGCCUGGAUGAGUAACCUCUUCCUGAACCUGGAAGUCCGACUCAAGACUGCUGACAGUAAUCAAUGGAGUGAACAGCCUAUCCUGGUGAGCCGGGUUAAACCAACCAGAUCUGUGGACCAGUGUCGCCUGCUCCAUGGGACUCGAUAUUUUUCCCAGAUUAGAGUCAGAUACAAGCAGAGCCCCUGGAGUGAAUGGAGCAGCAGCCAGUCUGGAGUCACCUUGGAGAGUGCUCCCACUGGACACCUAGACUCAUGGAUGCGACUAUCAGGGGAUCACACACACAAACAACUCAACGUACACUUGUUUUGGAAGCCAUCAAAACAAUUCCGCGCCAACAGCCAAAAUGUGUCAUAUAUCGUCUCAGUGCAAAAACUGCCAGGUGAAAAGGGAAAGCUGUGCUCUACAAUGGGGAAUUACUGUACUUUCCAGUUUCCCAGGAAAGCAAAGAAAGUUUAUCUGAGCGCUGUGAAUGCAGUGGGGAAAUCCUCCCCAACUGAAGUUCGGAUUUACCAACCUAAAGCUCGUGUGAUGAUAUCAGACAUCACAGCUGUUCCUCGUGAUGACCAAACUCUUCUGGUCCAAUGGAAAAACGUGGAUACCUCAAGUCUCACCGAUCAUGUGGUUGAAUGGAGACCUCUGUUAAAAACAGACCUCUCCCUCACUCAGUUUGAAAUCAUAGACAGAAACCAAUUCAGCCUCCUUAUAACAGGAAGCUUUGAGCCCUACAAGCCCUACAGGAUCUCUGUGUAUCCUAGGUUUAAGGAUGGGAUAGGCCUUCCUCAGACUGUUAAUGCCUACUCAAGACAAAAGGCCCCAUCCAUGGUUCCAAAAAUACGAAUUAAAAAGACUUGGCAGUCACAUAUUGAGCUUACUUGGGAUGAAAUACCAUUAGACCAAAGAAAUGGAGUUAUCCAGAGCUACAAAGUCUUCUACUGGGAUGAGAAGGGACCCAUUAAUGUUGUGAAUGCUGACACAGAAGAGAGAAGAGUGGUCCUGAAAAACCUCAAUGCUUUGUCUCUUUAUGAGGCUUUCCUGAUGGUUAGCACAUUUGGUGGGAGCCUGAAUGGGUCGACGAUUCAUUUCGAGAUUGAACCAUUUGAUGCAGUAACAGUCGUGAUGAUUUUGACUGCGUCUGGUGUUGGACUGUCACUGAUGAUCAUUUUCAUAGUCUUGACUUGUUUCUCCAACCACAAAAGGCUGAAGGGGCGUUUUUGGCCAGUUGUUCCUGAUCCGGCUAACAGCAGCAUCAAGAGAUGGACAUCAGAGUCAUCGCAGGAAACACAUCUUGCCUGGGACCGUGACGAGCCCAAUCCAAUAUACCUGUCCCACCUCAGCUUCCUGGACCUCCCAAUGAAGCUAAGCAAACAAGAGGAUGAUCUUUGGUUAAACAGUGCAGAGGAUACCAGUGACCUGGGAGAGUCCAUUUGUGGUUCACCUUUCAUCCCUGGAUACUCUGGUUCAAACAGCGACUCUGUCCCCUACGCCACUGUCAUCUUCUCUGGUCCAUGCAGCAGUCCUCCACCCAAAGAGCCUCAUGUGUAUCUGCGCUCUGAGUCCACACAGCCACUUUUGGAGACUGAAGAGUCCUUCAGUCCCAAGUGCUACCAGAAUAUGGCAACUGAUGGGAUGCCAAGGGAGCAAUGUUUUUUUGGACCCAGCCAUGACUGUGUAGCCGAAGAAGGAGCAGACCCAGCCAUUCUUUGGGAUGACUUUCCUUUUCUACGAGCAUUAGCCAUGAAUGAUACUCAAAAUGACUAAAACUUCUCUCCUGAUUAUAACUACUCUGCAAGAUAUUCAUGUAGAUGCGAGUUUCUGUAAUGAGUUGAAUGUGAUCCAGUUGAUCCAGUAUAGCUGUAAAGCACAGCUGUAAAUUUAAUGCUACAAAAUCACUUUAAUAUUUAAUGAUUAUGAUGUCCAAUUUUUGUCUUUACCACACUUUGUAGAUACAUCACCUCUUUAGAAAAACCUUUUUAUUGUAGCAGAAAUUAUAUUGUUGAGAUGAAUUUUUGUCUUACACUUCAUGUGAAUGUUCUCAAAAAGACUUCUUUUUGUGCUAAAGGGACGCAGUCUGAACAGUUUCUUUGAAUAAAGAUAAUAACAGUG